AUGGCGCUCACAACUGUCCUGCGUAUCAUGCGAUCGCCAGCGGAACGCCACCGAGACGAUUCCAAGCGUCUACCUCCAGGACCAAAGGGUGUACCAAUACUCGGCUACAUUCCCUUCAUGUGGAAACCGUUUCAUAUCAUUUUCCAUGAGCUCAGCAAACAGCACGGACCGAUUGUUAGGCUUCGCCUUGGCUGCAAGGAUGUAGUCGUGCUAAACGACGUGGAGUCCAUCCGGGAAGGACUGUCAAAUCCCGACUUGCUCUACAGGCCAGACGAUUUCAUCUUUCGUUACCUAGGAUUCACAGGUGUUUUAGCUCUCAAUGGAGAACCAUGGCAAGUGAACAGAAGGUUCACUUUUCAUGUGCUCAGAAAUCAUGGAUUUGCGAAGAAACCCAUGGAGGAACAUAUUCAAGAGGAGGUGCAGGACUUCAUCAGCCACAUAUCGACAACCAACGGUAGGCCGACGCUGAUAGGAGAGACGGUGGCGGCCAGUGUAUUCAACAACAUCUCGGGCUUGGUCUUUGGGAGACGGUACAACCGAAGUGAUCCCGAAGGUUGUUUCAUAGAAAACCUUCUCACCAACUUCCUUCGCAAGUCGAGCUUACUCUCCGUGGUGGAUUUCCUGCCCGCGAUUCGAGCCAUCGCCGCGUACACUCCGAACACGAAAGCGAACAUCACGUAUAACCUCUUUAAGGACUUCACCAAGCUCGUGAGAGAAGAAGUUGAAAAACGAGAAGACAACAUGGAAAUGCACUUGGACCGGGACUUCAUAGACGGGUACCUGAGGAAAAUUCGCGAGCACGAAGGCACGGCUUCCCACUACACAAUGCGCUACUUGGAAGGGACCUCAAUCAACCUGUACGGCGCGGCCACCAACACGGUAAGAAGCAGCAUACUCUGGAACCCGUAUAUCGCUGCCAACGAUCCGGACGGCCACCAGACACAACUGCAGCGCGAAAUCGACCGUGUCGUUGGCCGGAAGAGGUCGCCUGAGUGGCAAGACCGAAACCGCAUGCCAUUCACGAUGGCUUCCAUACUGGAAACUCUACGGUGGAGGACCAUAACACCCCUCAGCAUACACAGAGCCGCAGGUCGUGACACUGUCAUCGGUGGGUAUCGCAUUCCCGCUGGUACCGUAAUCGUGCCUAACCUAUGGAGCGUGCACAACGACCCUGCCUACUGGGCCAACCCGUCAAAGUACGACCCCACGCGAUUCCUCAACGCUGAUGGCACGAGUAUCAACGAGAGGCCGCAAGCGUUCGUUCCUUUCAGUCUGGGAAGACGCGCACGUCCAGGUGAAUCUCUGGCUCUGAUGGAAAUAUUCCUGUAUGUAACCACGGUGCUUCAAAAAUUCAGGGUGCUUCCCAAACAAGGCACCACGCUAUCCCUCGACGUUCAGCACGUCCUCAUCUCUGCCCCAAACGACACACAAGCAUUGCGUUUUAUCCCACGAUGAAAUAUUACCCGAAAUUUUACGUGAAAGAGGGUCGCAGUAGUUCGACUAAAUGUCACAUGGUGACCUGACUUCUCGUCUAAAGCUUGCAAAUUUCUCAGCAAAUUUCUUCGGCAGGUUUGUUUUCUUUCUGCACUCACGUAAACUAUUCAAAGCGUUUUUCUUGAAUUAAAAGAGUUGUUAACACCAUUUCUUGGCGACGGCCAGCCGUUUUCCCUUCGUCGCUAGGAAUAAAAUAAAAUUGAAGAAAAAUAUAUAGUCUUGACUUCUGAGUUCAAAAGGUCUUUUAAAAAAGCACGCUAAU